GUAGUGCACGAUUCAAUUUUUUUCACUUUUUGUGAAUGGGUAUCCGUUUUUUGCUAAUAUCUCCGGAACUAUUCGUCGUACGACAAAAAUGAGUACACCGUUGGAAAGAGGAGAAAAAACUGAAUAAAAUCAAAAAAAAAUUAUUUUUUUUGGAGAAAAAAAAUUUUCUUUUAUACUAAACUCAAACUUUCAAAGUUAUGUUUGAAACUGUUCCCCUUCAUCAAAAUUGACAUGCUAUGGCUCAAAAAGUAGCUUUACCCUUCCCCUAAACGAAAAUGUCAAUCAUACAAAGUACUUUUUUUCGUUUGGGAGAACGAGCGAUUUCCGUGGACCUCUGCACUGGAUCCGGGCCUACCCUCUGCCUGAACGGUGCACAACGGCCCGGCGCUGUGGCACCGCGGUGUCCUGCCACCCACCCCCAUCCCUUUCCGCAGUUCCCAGAGCAGAAGUAGGGGCGCCUGGAGGGUAGGCCGCACCCCGCACGCCGCCCCGGGCUCCCACGGUCACCGCCCAGCAGGUAGGCAACCCUUCCUAUUCACCCCGAGCCUUGCUUCGUGGCGCAGCCGAAGUGCAGCCGAAGUUGAUGCGAAAACGGCAUUCCCCCCGACGGUGCUGCCAGUGUUUGGGCUGUGGCGACAAGACGAACUUGUUGUUGUUCGUUUGUCUUGGUUUGUUUACUUUCUGCACCGACUACUUGUUGGAGUAAAUAUUUUUUGAGCAUUGACUUUGAGUCGAUUUUAUGCCCUGAAAAGGUUCCCCCUGCACAAUGGGCCGAGCAGACACCAAGAAGUGUUUCCUGAGAAAGGUACAACAUCUUCCUGAUGUUGGUGCCUGCUCUGGGGAUUUCACUGCAAGAGCCAGCCUAUCUCCAGAAAGGAUUCGUUUGCUCAAGAUCAGAAGUGGCUGCAGAAAGAGUUUGCAGUAUGUUUGUGAUGGACAUUUCACUAAGUUCAUUCACCGCUUUGAAGCACACCAGAAAAACUGCUGUCUUCAUCAGUCAACAUCUGUUCAUGAUGGCCCUCCAGCCAAAAAGAAAAAAACUGGCACUCCUCAAUUGCAUGUUAUUACACUCCAAAUGCGGGACAGUGCCAAAACUAUUGGACUUGCUUUGGUGCCCGGCAAGAAAGUGUGUGUCAAGUGCAAGAUUGACCUGAACGCUAAAAUCAAAGCUGCUGAAAAAUCUGCCGCAGAAAAGGCUGCUCAAGAAUCUUCAAGCAACGCUCCUGACCCGGCUUCAAUUUCCAACCCUCCUAUAUUUUCGUCACCUAGUGUAGGGUCUACUUUGGCCCCCAGUGAUAUUACAACUCCCACUGUACCUGCUGAUAAUAAGGCUUCUAAAGAAGAGUUUUUUCAGGAGAGUAUUGAUGGAUUAAAUACUUGGCUGUCCUCUCUUGGAUUCUCUCCUGUUAAUGAAAGGAAAUUAAAGACUCAGAAGAGCUAUGGGCGUAAAGUUAUGAAGAAAAUAAGAGCAGCGCUGACAAAAUUUUCUGAUCAACAACUAACUGAGGACGAAGAUGCAGCAUACUUCAGAGAAAUAAUAGGCCAACUACAGCAAUUUAUUGAUUGUCAUCCCCAGCCCGAUAAAAAAUUAUUAGCUUUAUCAGUUGUACCAAAAAGUUGGAGCAUUUCCAGGAUUGAAAGCACAUUUGGGGUAUCCAACUACAUGGCGAGGAAAAGCCGUCUACUAGUGCAAGACAAGGGUAUUCUGUGUGGCCCGGGUCCUAAAGUGGGACGCAAACUUUCACCUGAGACAGUGGAGCUGAUCACCAAAUUCUACUACAGGGACGACAUAAGUCGGCCUCUCCCUGGAGCCAAAGAUGUACUGAGUGUUUUAGUGGACGGGAAGAGAGUGAAGAAAACUAAAAGACUAGUGCUGUCUACUCUCAGUUGCUUGCAUCAAAAGUUUAAAGAAGAACACCCUGAUCACAAAGUCUCUUUAGCUAAAUUUUGUGAACUGAGACCAAAAGAGUGUGUAUUAGCUGGUAGUGCCGGGACUCAUGUGAUUUGUGUGUGCACCUAUCAUCAGAAUCCAGAACUUAUGUUUGAAGCGGGAAAUCUAAGUGAAGCUGGAUUAGAAAAUAUAAAAGCGUGCAAAAAGUUGCUUUUAUGCUCAGAGCCUAGUGAAGACUGUUUUUUUCGAAGAUGUAAUGACUGUUGUGAUUCCACUGUUUUACAGGAAAAAUUGGAAGUUUAUUUUGACUCAGAAAUGAUUUCCACUGUGGUUUACAACCAGUGGGAGUCCACAGACCGGGCAAAUAUUGUAACUUUAAGUAAAUCUACUGAUGAUUUUAUUUCUGAGUUUAUAUCGCAGAUUGAAAGUCUCAUACCCCAUGAUUUUAUUAGCAAAGUGCAAGCAAAUUUCUAUAAGGAAUCAAUUGAAAAUUUAAAAGAUGGUGAAGUUGUUGUUAAUGUUGACUUUGCAGAAAAUUUCUCUUUUGUUGUACAAAAUAGCUCCCAGGGGUGGUACUUUAAUAAUAAACAGGCGACAUUGCAUCCCUGUUUGAUUUAUUAUAAAGAUGCAGAGGGCAAAGUAUGCCACUCAGCAUUUGUUUUGAUAUCAGAUCACUUGGAUCAUAGUACUGCUGCAGUGCAUACAUUUCAGAAAAAAUUGAUCCGUCAUAUAACUGAGGACCUCAAGAUAAAGCUGGCUAAAAUCAAAUACUUUUCAGACGGUUGUGCUGCUCAGUACAAAAAUAAAAAAGCUGCCGCCAAUGUAUGGUUUCAUGAAAGGGAUUUUGGAGUACCUGCAGAAUGGCACUUUUAUGCUACGAGCCAUGGAAAAACUGCCUGUGAUGGUGUGGGCGGCAUGAUCAAACAUACUACAAUGUUGCAUUGCCUACGCUUAACAGCAAAAGACCCACAAAUAACAAUUGCAUAUGAUUUCUAUGAUUGGGUGUCUAAAAACAUUCAAGGAGUGACUGCUAAAUGGGUUCCGAAAGAAGAAGUUAUUGAAAAUGAAAAGGCUUUACUUGUGAGAUUUGAGACAGCUUUUGACAUUGAUGGAAUCAAAUCCCACCAUGCUUUAAUUCCUAGAGUGCCAUCAAAGGAUAUCUUACUUAAGUUGUAUUCACAAGAUACAAAAUUUAAUAUUAAGAAGAUAUGUACCAAAGAAUUUGAACUAGACUAUAGUGAGGUAAAAGGAUUUGUAACAUUUACAGAAGACGAAAAUUCCUGGAAGCUAGGCUGCGUAUCUGAAUUCCAUGAAGAGGAUGAAAACUUUUCGGUUCAAGUUAUGGAAGCUACUGGACAACCAAGAAGUUACAAGUUUACUGAUAUUGUUAUAAUUGUUAGUCUACAUGACAUUGUAAGUCUAGUUAAUCCGUACUUUCAAGCCAAAGGGACAAUUGUGAAACUUCGAGUAAGUGAUGCUAAGGCAGCAGAUGUAAAAUUAAAAUCUAAGAAAAAAAAUAUGUUUUGAAGCAAGGUAUAACUUGCAGCUA